AUGGCUCCAUAUGAGGCUUUGUAUGUAAGAUCUUGUAGGACUCCAGUGUGUUGGAAUGAAGUAGGAGAAAGGUGGCUGAUAGGCCCAGAACUUGUUCAGCAGACGACUAAUAGUGUUAAGCUUAUCAAAGAGAAUCUUAAAACAGCCCGAGAUAGGCAGAAGACUUAUGCGAAUAAAAGGAGAAGAGAACUAGAAUUUGAAGUCGAUGAUCAGGUAUUCCAUAAGUUAUCUCCUUGGAAAGGGAUACUUAGGUUUAGAAGAAAAGGGAAGCUGAGCCCUAGGUACAUCAAACCUUACGAGAUAGUAGAACGUGUUGGUCUAGCAGCUUACAGGUUAGCUUUACCCAAGGAGUUAGCUCGUAUCCACGAUGUUUUCCAUGUACCGAUGUUGAGGAAGUAUGUGUUAAAUCCUACCCACGUGUUUCCCGAACAGCCAGUGCAAUUAAAAGAAAACAUGUCAUACGAGGAAGAACCAGUAGAGAUUCUUGAUAGAAAAGAGCAAGUGCUAAGAAAUAAGAUGAUACCAUUAGUAAAGGUAUUAUGGAGGAAUCAUGGCAUUGAGGAAGCUACAUGGGAAGCCGAAGAGCGAAUGAGAAGUAGAUAUCCUCAGUUGUUCAGUUGA